AUGGCAGCUCUUUAUGCGCUUUUUAAUUGUUUACACACUUACACACCUACAAUUGUUGGUUUAUUAUUUUUAAAAAAAUCAGCACUGGACUCACAGUCUGAAGAACAUGGUACUGAAGAAAAACUUGACAACAAAGAACAUAGGAAUUUCUCAAUGCAAAAACUGUUUAAUAAUUUAGGAAAGAGAGCCUAA